UUGAAAAUUGUCAAACACCGGCGCCACACGGCGAAGAAGCCGUCCACUCUUUUCCUUUCCCGGUACAAGAACCAAAUUUUAGUUGACGGCACAGAUUUCUUCCCUUUUUUUUUAUUUCUUUAAAAAAUUCCGUCUUUUUUGGAAAUUCUCUAUAUAUACCUUCUUCUUCCCUUUGAUUUCGCAGUUGAGGAACAGCAAGCAAUACCAGAUCUCCUCUCUCUCUCUCUCUCUCGCGUAUAGGAACUGAAGCAGCAGAGCAAGGUAGAGACAUAAAAAUGUGCUUCGAAGCAUCAACAAUGUCCUGUAAUGCUCAAUUGCAGAGCUCGCCCUCCUUCUCCGCAGAGGCCAUGCAAUUCCUCCUAUCUCCUCGCGGGACCAAAUCCAUUUCUUAUGAAACGAGAGAGACGAGCUCCAUCGUUAAAGAGCCGUCUUUACAACUCGUCGACUACGAUUCUCUUCCAGAGUUUCUGAAGCACAACGAGUUCAUCCUCAACUACUACCGCUCCGAAUGGCCGCUCAAAGAAACAAUUCUCAGCAUCUUCUCCAUCCACAACGAAACCCUCAACAUCUGGACGCAUCUUAUUGGUUUCUUCAUAUUCCUCAUCCUCACCGGCUACGCCGCCUCCAUCUUCCCACCCGCGGCAAACAGCAGCAGCUCCAUGCUUCACCUCGGUUCAGGCAAUUCGUCAUACACCUUCACUGCUUUUCAAGACCUCUUCACCACCGUCGACCUCCAAAAACCGCAGCUUUUCCCACGAUGGCCUUUCUACCUCUACCUCGCCGGAGCCAUGUUCUGUCUUCUCAUGAGCAGCGCCUGUCACCUCCUGUCAUGCCACUCUUGCAAAACAAGCUACAUAAUGCUCCGCCUCGACUUCGCCGGCAUCUCCGGCCUCAUCGUCUCCUCAUUCUAUCCGCUCGUCUACUACACCUUCGCCUGCCAUCCCUUUUUCCGCAACGUCUACCUCUGCUCCAUCACCGCAUUCGGCCUCGCUACAGUCGUCGUCUCGCUCGUUCCGGUCUUCGAUUCGCCACAAUUCCGACCAGUGAUUCUAUUUGCCUGCAUGGCGGCUUCGGGGAUCAUUCCCAUCGCACACAAGAUGUUGGUGUUUGGGAACCGGCCGGAGGCGGUGCUGACGACCGAAUAUGAAGGGGUGAUGGCCAUGUUUUAUGGGAUUGGGGUGUUGGUUUAUGCCAUGAGAGUGCCGGAGAGGUGGUUGCCCGGAAAAUUUGAUCUCGCCGGACACAGCCAUCAGUUUUUUCAUGUCUUGGUAGUCGCCGGAGCUUAUACGCAUUAUCUGGCUAGUGUGGUUUACCUUGGCUGGAGAGAAGGGGAAGGUUGCAGAGCCUAAUUGUUUGAUUUCGUGUUCUAAAUGGGUCGGUAAAAUUACCUCCUUGUCAAUGGGUGAAAUUUGUACAGGGGAUUGGGGGGUGUUCUAUUAUUAAAUAUUUAUUAAUGUUAUAUUUAUUUCAUUUUAUGUGCCCUAAAGAUGGGAAGAAAUAGUCUUUA